AGAGGGAACGCAGAAAAAGUCUGUCAAGCGAACCAUCGAAGACACGGCAUCUAAGCUCGCCAAUAAGCCUCCUCCCAAGCGAUCCUACCAUCGCAAGAAGUCGCAAGUGCCAUCCAAAUCUAAGGAAAAGGACAUUGAGGAGUUUGAACCGGGGCCGUCCACGUCCUCAGCAGCCAGCAAAAAGCCCUCCCUGCCUCCGGAUGCCUUUAGGCUGAAGAAGCCGAAGAAGGGCUUCGCUACUGCAAAGCAGCGUCUGGGCAAGAUCCUCAAGAUCCACAAGAUGAUCUACUGA